AUGGCCAAAACUUCAAAGAAAAACCAGAAGAACAGCUCAACCAGUAGCAGUAGUACUGAUAAGAAUGAUGCGAUUGGGAAGACGAAGAGGACACGAAAAAGCGUCCCGAGAGAGUCUCCGCAGCAACGCAGUUCGAUUUAUCGUGGCGUCACAAGGCACCGGUGGACUGGUCGUUAUGAAGCUCAUUUGUGGGAUAAGAAUUGCUGGAACGAGUCUCAAAAUAAGAAAGGAAGACAAGUUUAUCUGGGGGCCUACGAUGAUGAAGAAGCAGCUGCACAUGCUUAUGAUUUGGCAGCACUGAAGUAUUGGGGACAAGAUACCAUAUUGAAUUUUCCUCUUUCAACAUACCAAAUUGAGCUUAAGGAAAUGGAAGGCCUAUCGAAAGAAGAGUAUAUUGGUUCUUUAAGAAGGAAAAGCAGUGGAUUUUCUCGGGGAGUGUCAAAAUAUAGAGGCGUCGCAAGACACCAUCAUAACGGAAGAUGGGAGGCUCGAAUAGGCAGGGUGUUUGGAAACAAAUAUCUUUACCUCGGAACAUAUGCCACACAAGAAGAAGCAGCAACAGCCUAUGACAUGGCUGCAAUAGAGUAUCGUGGACUAAACGCCGUUACAAACUUUGACUUGAGUCGUUACAUCAAGUCGCUACGACCUAACGAAAAUAACACCGAGUAUCCUCAACCAAACCCUAAUCCAAUGUCAAACCCUAAUCCAGAGUUAGGGUUUGGCUUCCUUCACCUCUUAACACAGAGCUCAAGCUCGGCCGAAAUAGCCGACCCUCAUCUGCGGCCAGGUAGUGGAGCCUCUACUUCAUCUGCACUAGGGAUUUUGCUACAAUCCUCCAAGUUCAAAGAAAUGUUGGAACAAACAACAGCACAAGACAACCACCCUUCUAGCCCUUUGGAACCAGAUGCUCCACGACGAACUUUCCCAGAUGACAUACAAACAUCAUUUGAAUUCCAAGAAUCAAGCAGCUUUGCUGAGGAACAUGACAUUAUCUUUGGUGACUUGAAUUCAUCAUUUGCAUCACAAAUAUUCCAAAGUGAGCUUGAUGCUUAA